CUGUAGGCCGUGCCUCCGUCUGCAUAACCGGACCGACCUCCCCGCCACGCGCCACGCCGGGGACACGCACUCGCUCACGCACAGAGACUUCGACAGCCGCUCCUGGGACUGAGGAGAGCCUCUCACGGUAACCACAAUGGAGAAUACAGGACGACGCUCCCUCUCUCUCCUGCGCACCCUCGUGGUAGUCCUCGCCGCCCAGCUGGCCACUGCCCAAGAUCCCGCUUCCGCCCUCGCGCCCUCUGAGGUCAAACGUGCUGACUGGUCUUCCAUGCGGGGGGCCUGGGGCAAACGAGGUGACCUAAACGAAGUGGAACUAGAGGAUGCCGAGGAGAAACGUGCAGGUUGGGACAAAUUCCAGGGAUCUUGGGGAAAGAGGGGAGACGAUCUUGCUGAGGCCGACUUGCAGGAUGCAGGAGACAAGCGUGCUGACUGGAACAAAUUCCAAGGGUCUUGGGGAAAGCGCGGAGAAGGACUGGAUCUCGAACUGCAGGAUGCUGGGGAUAAGCGAGCUGACUGGAACAAGUUUCAAGGAUCUUGGGGCAAACGUGGAGAUGAUCUAACGGAAACUGAGCUGGCGGAAGACAAGCGGGCGGAUUGGAACAGAUUCCAGGGAUCAUGGGGCAAACGAGGAGGAUGGAGCCAACUUCAGGGAUCAUGGGGCAAGCGCGACAUACCAGCCGCACUCAUUGAAGAUCUUCAAAAGCGAGCCGAUUGGUCCAGUCUCCAGGGCACUUGGGGCAAGCGAGGCUGGAAGAGCCUUCAGGGUGCUUGGGGCAAGCGCUCCGACGCCCUCGAAGACGAGUUCGCCGCCUCCGGGGGUCCAGUGGCUGAGCGCGAUGGAGAGGAGGCGGCUCUCGCUUACUCGCCUGCCGCCCUGGCUCGCCUCAUGGCUGGAGCUCCCCAGAAGCGAGGAUGGCUCCUGUGGGGGAAGAGGCCAGACACGCCCCGGGUCUCCCCUCGCUCCACCAACUGGUCCAACCUCAGAG